AUGGUACCUGCUGUUCCUGCUGAGGCGAAGCAGGUGCCACAACAGCAGGAAGGGACUGUGACAUAUUUGCUGCUGUUCUCUGCCCUGCGCCUGGCUGGCUGCGAAGGCAACAAGAGUGAGCUGGCAAGCCCUCACAGCUCGACAGGAAGGUUUGCCCUGCGUGCCAAGAGGAGCUCAGACGCCUGCAUGCCCAACCCAUGCCAGCACCAUGGGGGCUGCCAGGUGAUAGAGGACAGACCCAUCUGCAGCUGCAAACCUGGCUUCACAGGGACGUUCUGCCAAGAUGUGGUCCUGAAGUUGGCCUGUGAGGAAGAGCACAUGAAGAUGAUGGUGAGGAAGGAGGUGUUUGAACUGCUGAAAAUCCCCCGGGAACUUGUCCACUUGAAGAACCAGGCAUGCAAGGUUUCAGAAAGGGAAGAGGAGGGUGAGCUGUUUUUUGCAGCCACUCUCACAGGUGAAAACCACACUGCCUGUGGAUCAAUAAUUCAGCAAAACAGCUCCCAUGUGUCAUACUCCAACAUCAUUGAGACAGCGAGGGAAGCACACAGGGGUGUGAUCUCCAGGAGCUUUCAGCUGGAGGUGCAGUUUUCCUGCGUCUAUGCCUAUGAGCAGGUGGUGAAGGUGCCAUUUGCCCUCAUCCCUGUCGACAAGCUGGUGCAGUUCAUGGUCAGAGAAGGGCACUUCAACGUCAGCAUGAGGCUGUACAAGACCGCAUCCUACCUGGAGCCCUACUGGCUGCCGACUGCGGCCGUGCCCAUCACUGACACGCUGUAUGCCAUGCUGAAGAUAGAAGGGCAGCACCAGCUCCGGUACUUCCUGCUGAGUGUGAAGGACUGCUGGGCCACGCCGAGCUCAGACCCCUACCAGGAUGUGCAACAUGAGCUCAUUGAGCAGGGGUGUCCCCAUGAUGAGACAGUGACAUACUUGAAUGCCAUUGGAGAGAGCACCACAGCCAAGUUCAGCUUCCAGAUGUUUCAGUUUGUCGGGUACCCCAAGGUGUUCCUGCACUGCCGUGUCCGGCUGUGUCUCCCUGACGGCCCAGAGCCCUGUGCCAAGCAAUGUCCCACUCUCUGGAGGAGCAAGCGGGCGCUGGCAGAUGACUACAAUAAAAUUGUCUCCUAUGGACCCAUCCACCUGCUGGCUGCUCCUUCCCUGAGAGAGGAGAGCCAUCAUCCCAGGGCUGACCAAAAGGAGCUGAAGGGACCCAGCCUGUGGCUCCCUGGGAUCUUCAUCCUGCUGUGUGUUCUUGGUGUGCUCACUGUGGCUGCUGCAGCUGUCAGUGUGAGAAGACGUACGGUGUAG